AUGCCUUCUCUUCGUCGCACCGUAUCUUCGCCCGCUGUUCGGUCUUCUCCAUACCCGACCUUGUCGUCUUCAGGUCAACUGAGCAGCGGGCCAGCUACAAGGCCAGGUCAUAGUCACAGACGACCAUCUGGCUCGGAAAUUGCUACCAGAAGAGUACUGGCUGAUAUUGAAUGGUGGCGAGUCACCGACGGCCAGCGCGACUUGGAAGCUGAACAGAAUGGCCACGAGCAGUCUCCGCCUAGAACAGCGGAGAACCUCAUGGAUAUGUUGGAGGGUCUAGUUUCACCUCUUUGGCCAGGUUUUUCCGAGGAUUUACCGGAACUCUCGAGUAUCGUACCACAGACUCCUCCUCGCCGCGGUCACCGCCAUGAAUCGUCUAGUUCAUCAGUCCAGUCUACAUCAGAAACCUCGGAAGGAGCCGUGGAGGAUCUGCGACUGGGCUUGCAAUACAUGGGCUUGAGCGCUUCGGAUGUAAUUCUGCCUCCGGUCCACUCGAAUGAGCGAGCGACUGCUUUCACUUACUCGCCAUUUUCCCGUUCUCGUUCGUUCGUGAGCGCGUCCGACAUACCACAGUAUGAUUAUCCCGAUUUUGCCGGCUCCCCCCUCUCUUCGCAAUCUCCUGACAUUUUCGAUUGA